AAAAACCAAAAACAGCAAGAUAGUUGGGAAGAUAUUUGUGAAAAAGUUGAGUCUUGGCCGUCAAGUUCAACCGGCGAUAAAGAAGAAUCUUUUGAAAACCCUUUACCACAAGUUGAAUUUGAAAGUCAAUUCUCUGUAAUUGAUCUGAAGUUUUACAGAAGAUACGAAGAAUACGUUGACGAUGUGAAGAAAGAAGACUCUGAGAAAUAUCAAAAAUUCAAAAUGUGGUUUAACUAUUUUGACGCACAUGCCCGUUCAUAUCACAAUCUCUUCAAUGACGAACUUGGAGAAGGUACUUAUCUUUUCACGUCUUCAUGGGAAGGAGAAACGGUCAAAAUCUUUAUCGCUUCAGAUGGCUUUUUUUCUACAGUAGAGAGUAAAAAAGCAUUAUCAAUACAAGUCGUCUUUGGGCAUACUACAAGGAUUCACCGGUUGAAUCCUAAGGCUCAUAACAAUGAGGCGCAACUCGUUCUUGCAUGGUUAUCGU